CGGAAAGCGCGAUGGCAGAAGCCGCGGGGAGCCGCGAACAUCCGGCGCUGGCGGCUCUCAAGGGCGAGGAAGACGCGGAGAUGUAUCUGGAGCCCGGAUCCUUUGACCUGCCUGCAGCGGCGAUGGGGAGGAGAAGGGAGCGGAGGAGCGGGGUGUUGCUGGCCGGGGCCGGGGCCGCCGCCGAUCCCGAAGCUAGUCUUCUGGAGGCGGCCCGGGCGACCCCUCGGAGGAGCAGUAUUAUCAAGGACCCUGCAAACCAAAAAUGUGGACGCAAGAAGACGGUGUCUUUCAGCAGCAUGCCGUCAGAGAAGAAAAUAAGCAGCGCGAGUGACUGCAUUAGCUUCAUGCAGGCUGGUUGUGAACUGAAGAAAGUCCGCCCAAACUCCCGUAUUUAUAACCGAUUUUUUACUCUUGACCCCGACUUGCAAGCGCUUCGCUGGGAACCAUCUAAGAAGGAUCCUGACAAGGCUAAACUGGAUGUUUCUGCUGUAAAAGAGAUCCGUUUGGGGAAAAACACGGAAACUUUCAGGAACAAUGGGCUUGCUGACCAGAUUUCUGAAGACUGUGCCUUUUCCAUAAUUCACGGGGAGAAUUACAACUCCCUGGACCUAGUUGCCCAUUCAGCAGACGUGGCCAACAUUUGGGUAUCAGGCUUGCGUUAUCUGGUUUCCCGUGCCAAGCAAUGCUUGGAUUUAAUAGAAGGCGAUCAGGAUACUCCACGGUUUGCGUGGCUGAAAUCUGUGUUUAAGGCCGCAGAUGUGGACGGUAAUGGGAUCAUGUUGGAAGACACAGUGGUAGAGCUAAUAAAACAGCUGAAUCCUGCCUUAAAGGAGUCAAAGAUCAGGUUAAAAUUUAAAGAAAUCCAGAAGAGCAAAGAGAAACUGACGACGCGUGUCACGGAAGAGGAAUUUUGUGAAGCAUACACUGAGCUUUGCACUAGACCUGAAGUUUAUUUCUUGCUGGUGCAGAUAUCUAAAAACAAAGAAUACUUAGAUGCCCAUGAUCUCAUGAUUUUUUUAGAAGCUGAGCAAGGGGUCACACAUAUAACUGAAGAAAUGUGUCUCGAUAUUAUUCGUAGGUAUGAAUUUUCAGAGGAAGGAAGGUUGAAAGGUUUUCUUGCCAUUGAUGGAUUUACUCAAUAUUUGUUGUCCCCAGAAUGUGAUAUUUUUGACCCCACACAUAAAACGGUUGUCCAAGAUAUGACCCAGCCUUUAUCACAUUAUUAUAUUAAUUCAUCUCACAAUACCUACCUAAUAGAAGAUCAGGUCCGGGGCCCAGCAGAUAUCAAUGGUUAUGUCAGGGCGUUGAAGAUGAGCUGCAGAAGUAUUGAACUGGAUGUUUGUGAUGGUCCAGAUAAGGAACCCAUAAUCUGUAACCGCAAUAGCAUGACAUCCCCUCUGUCCUUUCAGUGUGUCAUUGAGGUGAUCAACAAAUUGGCCUUUGUUUCUUCAGAGUACCCUCUUAUUCUCUGCUUGGGAAACCACUGUUCCAUACAGCAGCAGAAGGUCAUGGUUGAACAGAUGAAGAAGACUUUCGGAACCAAGCUGUACACCGAUACACCACUACCAUCGGAAGCGUACCUCCCAUCUCCAGAAAAGCUGAAAAUGAAGAUCAUCAUCAAAGGGAAGAAACUGCCUUGUGAUGAGGAUUUAUUGGAGGGAGAAGUCACUGAUGAAGAUGAAGAAGCUGAAAUAUCUCGAAGAAUUUCUGAAGAAUGUUUUGCGGAGCCAAAGAUGACUUGGUUAUGCAAGGAGCUGUCUGAUGUUGUAUCUAUAUGUAAAUCUAUCAAGUUCAUUGAUUUUGAGACCUCAAUGAAGAAUCAGAACUAUUGGGAAAUCUGUUCCUUCAGCGAAGCAGAGGCCAGUCGAAUUGCAAAUGAGGUUCCAGAGAACUUUGUAAAUUAUAAUAAGAAAUUUUUGUCUCGAAUAUACCCUAGUGCCAUGAGAAUAGAUUCCAGUAACUUAAACCCCCAAGAUUUCUGGAAUUGUGGCUGCCAGAUAGUGGCAAUGAAUUAUCAGACACCGGGGCCGAUGAUGGAUUUACAUACUGGCUGGUUUCUACAAAAUGGAGGAUGUGGUUAUGUCCUUAGGCCUUCCGUUAUGCGAGAAGAGGUUUCUUACUUCAGUGCAAAUACGAAAGGCAUCGUUCCAGGGGCCUCUCCUCAAGUCCUACAUGUCAAAAUCAUCAGUGGCCAGAACUUUCCAAAGCCCAAAGGAGCCUGUGCCAAGGGCGACGUCAUCGAUCCCUACGUUUGUCUAGAAAUCCAUGGGAUCCCCGCAGACUGCACAGAACAGAGAACUAAAACUGUUCAGCAGAACAGUGAUAACCCCAUUUUUGAUGAGAGCUUUGAGUUUGAGAUGAAUCUCCCUGAGCUUGCGAUGAUCCGUUUUGUGGUGUUGGACGACGACUAUAUUGGCGACGAGUUCAUAGGCCAAUGCGCCAUCCCCCUGGAGUGUUUACAGCCGGGCUAUCGACACAUACCUCUGCGCUCCUUCGUUGGAGACUUCAUGGAGCACGUGACGCUUUUUGUGCACAUUGCAAUAACGAACCGAAGCGGCGGAGGGAAACCCCAGAAGCGCAGCCUGACGGCAAGGAUAGGAAUGAAAACUAGAGACUAUACCAUGCUGAGGAACACAAGCAUGAAGAUCAUAGAUGACAUCUUCAAACUAGCAGUGCACCCGUUGAAAGAUGCCACCGACAUGAGGGAGAACAUGCAGAAUGCAAUUCUAUCUCUGAAAGAACUGUGUGGGCUUCCACCAAUUACCAGCCUGAAGCAGUGCAUUUUGACCUUGGCCUCCCGGCUUGUGAACAGCGACAAUGUCCCCUCAGUCGCUCUCUCUAUAAAAGACAGCUUUCCUUACCUGGAGCCUUUGGGGACUUUAACUGAUGUGCAGAAGAAGGUCCUUGCUGCCUAUGACCAGAUGAUUCAAGAGAGCAAAUCUCUUAUAGAGACCGCGGACACUGUUUAUGACAAGAUUGUUCAGUGCCAGAAAGCAGGAAUGGAACUCCAUGAAGAACUUCAUAACCUGGGAACCAAGGAAGGCAUGAAAGGAAGAAAGCUCAGCAAAGCCAUUGAGAGUUUUGCAUGGAAUAUCACUGUGUUGAAGGGACAAGGGGAUUUGCUCAAGAACGCCAAGAACGAAGCCAUGGAGAACAUGAAGCAGGUCCAGCUGGCUUGCUUGUCAUGUGGACUGAGCAAAGCAGGAUGCGGGAAUGUGGAUGCGAAAUCCAAACGGUGCCUCGAGGCGAUUGAAGAAAAAGAGGCAGGCGAUGAAAAUGGGAGGCUGUGAAAGGAGCCAGUACUUCCCGGCAGAUCAUAUAUUUCAAUAGCCCGAAAUUAUUUUUUUAACACAUUUAAAAA